UCAAAACAAUCAACGCUGCUCGCGUGUGGUGAUACAAAAACCGCGUGCUAACCCAUCUAAAAUAACCGAAUUCCGAAUUGUUUUACGUGAAAUCAACCACAAUGAAGUUAAUGCAAACAGAUAAAAACGAUGCCAAGGGCAAAAAGACGGCAAAUUUGAAAAAGAAGCUGAAACCGGUGCGUAAACAGAAAGGAAAACAAAAGGCGAAGCCAAAAGAUUCGGACGAGUCGGAGGAUGAAGGUAUUAAGCCGCUGAAGGAAACACGCAUCUCCGAUGAGCCGGUUCCGAAGAAGAGCAAAUGGACCAACAGACAGCGUGUGCUGGUACUGUGCGCUCGUGGUAUUAACCACCGCGACCGUCACUUGAUGCGAGAUUUGCGAACGCUAAUGCCACACCACCGUGCCGAACCGAAGAUGGAACGCUGGAAAACGUUGCAGGUGGUGAACGAGAUGAGCGAGAUGAAACACUGCAACAAGGUGAUGCUGUUUGAAGGGCGCCGCAAGCGUGACCUGUACAUGUGGCUAGCCAAUGCGAGCGUUGGUCCUUCGGUGAAAUUUCUCGUCGAAAACAUUCACACGAUGGGCGAAAUGAAGCUGACCGGCAACUGUCUGCGUGGUUCGCGUCCUUUGCUAUCAUUUAGCGAAGAAUUCACCAAACAAUCGCACCUCUUGCUGAUCAAGGAACUGUUGGUACAAAUUUUCGGCGUACCGAACCACCACCCGAAGAGUCAACCGUUCAUCGAUCGGGUGAUUACGUUCACCUACCUAGACAAUAGAAUCUGGUACCGCCAUUUCCAGAUUCUUUCGGAAGAUGGUGGACUGACCGAGAUAGGACCUCGGUUUGUGAUGAAUCCCAUCAAAAUAUUUAGCGGUUCGUUCGGUGGCGAUCCCAUCUGGGAAAAUCCCAUCUAUCAAAGCCCGGCCAAGCAUCGGCAAAUGCUACGGAAGGCAGCCAGUGAGAAGUAUUUGCAAAAGACGAAGAAAAAGGUCGAACGAGAACUCAACGUACCGAAGGACACACACAAACUUACACCGUACGGUGAAAUCUUCAAGGGUGGUGUUGAGGAACGCGUCCAGGAAGUUCUGAAGCAAGAGAAGCAGCGGGCCAGGGAGGAACGGGAACGUGAGAAGAUCGAGAAGAGACAGAAGCUUAUGAAGCAACGGGACGAAAUGCGCAAAUUAAAGUUGGCUAAUGCUAAGAAAUCCACCAAGAAGCGGUUGCCCACGAAAAGGGAAAAGAUGCAGAAGGAAAAGAAUGAAUCGGAUGCGAAGGAAGCAAGGAAAGCUGCGAAAAAAGGAGCAAAGGUUCAGAAAGGGGGGAAAAAGAAGUUUGAUGGAAAGAAGGGAGUAGCAUUGUAA